AUGGCAGUUCGUCAGCCGUCUGAUUCCUCACCCUUAACGAUUAUAUCACGCAGUAUGAGAUCAGGAUCUCCGAGGAUGGCUCAUUCUCAAAGUGGUCGCAGGUGGUCGCGAUCGACACGCGGCGGUGGACACUCAUCUGACCACUUGGAAGGUCCAUACUCUGAUGAAUCGACGACUUUUAAGAGACAGGGUUCAAAUGAUUCAGACUACAGUUUCCAGUCAUCCGAGUUUUCCACUGAUGACGACCCUGAAGCAAUAAGGCGGGAAAUGGAAGCCAACAGGAAGGAGAUUGAAAGACUGGCUCUCCUACAAUUGGAAAAAGCUAAAAUAAUUCCGGUAGCUUUUGCAAUUCGAACGAAUGUAGCCUAUCAUGCCUUUCCUGACGACGAUGCACCAGCGCGUUCAAGGGUACUUUCUUUCGCCCCGCGAGAUUUCCUACACAUCAAAGAAAAAUAUAACAACGACUGGUGGAUCGGCCGAAUAGUGAAAGAAGGAAGUGAGGUCGGUUUCAUACCCAGCCCCGCCAAAUUGGAGAUGAUGAAGUUACAAAUGCAGAGCGGAAUGAUUCGACAAGCUGGUAUAUACACAAGUAAGCCCAAUUCAGCUUCAAACAUAGAGAACAUGUUGAAUUCCAGGUACCCGAGUUCCAGAGGUUCUACUCCACCUACACCAGACUACAACGCGUUGGACGACAACGACACCAUGCACAUCCGACAGCUGAAACAUGGCGCCACUCCUCCUAUCAGAGAAAAACACAAACCAUUUUUCAAAAAAUCCGACUCGACCUCCCCUUACGAAGUUGUACCUUCCAUGCGACCCAUCGUUCUCAUUGGUCCUUCUUUAAAAGGUUUUGAGGUCACAGACAUGAUGCAGAAGGCCUUGUUUGACUUUUUAAAGCACAAAUUUGAAGGGAGGAUUACAAUAACGAGAGUCACGGCAGAUAUUUCUCUUGCGAAGCGAUCCAUCUUGAAUGGUCCGAGCAAGAGAGCCAUCAUCGAAAGAGGCAACAGCCGGACAACAUGCAUUGCUGAAGUGCAAGAAGAGAUAGAAAGGAUAUUUGAGUUGGCACGUCUCAUGCAACUUGUUGUCCUCGACUGCGACACGAUCAACCACCCUUCGCAGCUACUCAAAACGUCACUGGCACCCAUCAUCGUCUAUCUCAAGAUUUCUUCACCCAAGGUAUUGCAAAGAUUGAUAAAAUCGCGAACAAAAUCACAGAGUCGAAACAUGAAUGUUCAGCUGGUUGCAGCCGAGAAACUCAAUCAGUGCAAUCCAGAGAUGUUUGACGUCAUUUUAGAUGAGAACCAAUUGGAAGAUGCGUGUGAUCACCUUUCUGAAGUUCUUGAAGCCUAUUGGCUAGCCACACACCCCCCUCUCAGCUCAAAUUCAACAGGCACAACAACCACUUGCACGACCACUACAACUUCAUGUUGUGGCACUUCAACUGCAACAACGACGACGACCGCCCACAUCGACGUGAUAACCAGCACGCUGCUUCCUUCUGUUCAAAACCUUUCAACACAACAACUUUCUCAACAAAAUUUAUCAUCUACGCCAACAAUAAAUGUUUCUGUUGUUCAGCAGUCUUCCUCGGCAACAGAACAACAUCAUCAUCAACAACAACAACAACAACAGAGCAAUUACGUGCCUCCUACACAACAACAACAUUCUGCUGAUCAAUUCAACUCUUCAGUCAGUGAUUCCUCAGUUUUAUUCCCAAGAAUGCCAACAACAACAGUUUCAGCACCAUCAACAACAACAAUUUCAGACUUCCAACAAUUCAAUGUGCAAACGUCAACAGCCCAAAUUUCGACGCUUCGAGCGCUAAACGUGCAACAAAUAAGACCUUACAACCCAGAUAACCCUUACAUGCAAUACAAUCAUUCUUCACCAUUUCCUCACGAUCAGAGUUUGAACUAUCAACCUGGCUCCAACUUUCCUCUCCAACAGCAACAACAUUUUCAAAACUACCCAAAUCAACAAUCUCAACAACAAUAUUUGCAACACCAGCCACAACAACAGCAACAGUCGCAACAACCAUAUCCUCCUUUAGUGCAGCAACCCCAACAACAACAUUCACCUCAAAUUGAUGUCGACAAAAUUUAUUACAUGCAACAAAAACAGCAACAGCAGCAGCAGCAAACUCGAAGACGACUUCCGUCGAUAUCAAGUGGAGGUGCUAUCAUACAGAGAGUCCCCAGCAAUCCUGUAUCUACAAUACAAAGAGGCAAUUCGGAUGUCGGGGCGGAAUACGGAUCUUGGAAUUCUCCGCCAAUGAAUCGAAUAGACCGGCGUCCUCACGACAUGAGCCAACCUAAUAUAUCUCGAUCUUGGGAUCAUAGGCAGGAACUGGUUGCAGAACGCAACUACUCCAACUGGAACUAUCGAGCCGAUGAGCCGCAACAUCAACAUCCUCAGCAAGUUCUGCAACUACGACAUCGGCAGCAAAUGUCCACUAGGAAAUGGAGCCGGGACCGCGGACGGAUAGCCUGUGGAUCGCCGUCACCCUCUGAACCAAGGUGGGAUCCCCGAACCGAGAUGAGCGAUGAUGGCGAGUGGUCGAUUGAUGUUGAUGAAUGUUUCUCAGAUGAACCGCGUGCCUACCCAUCCCACCAUCUACAUCACCAUCGCCAUCAACUGCGCUCUAGUUCUAGCAGUAACAGAACUAAUAAUAACAAUAACAACAACAACAACAAUAAUAAUAACGUCAUAGGUAGCAAUAGUAAUAAUAUGAACAAGUACAAUAGAAGGGAUAGCAUUGAUAUAUGAAUGAAUGCAUCGAGUUGUUAUCAUUGUUGUUGCUGUUCAUUGCUACUUUGCGUAACAUUCACGUUAUAUAGUUUUGUUAUUCUAUCAUAUUAAUAUUAUAUUUUUUCUCAAUAUAAUUUUUGUUAAAAUUAUUAUCGACCAUUGUUUUGAGAUUUCUUAUUUCUUUGUAUAAUGCCAAGCGUGUGUUGAAUGAAAUUAAACCAUAGCUAGGUAGGUAUAGGUAGUCAACUGGUCCUAAACUUAUGUCCGCAUUUUUAUUAUGUUAACUACUAGUUAAUGAUUUAGAUGUCCGAUUAUUAUUUGAGCUUUUUUCAACAUUGUCAUCAUUUUGCAAAUUCAUGUUUGAAAAAAUAAUCAUAAUAGUUUCCCUAUCUUUAAUAUUUUUAUCUUCAUAUUUUCUACAAAAAACCCUUUUCAACUCAGCCAAUUUUUUUAUAAAGUGUAUUUAAUUAAAAUUAGAAAAGUUUUAAAAA